AUGAUCAUGGAUCAUCCCUAUGAUGACUUCCUGAAUCUCUUCUUCUCUAGCAACACCACCACAGCCGCAAGCACCUCCUCCUGUGUGGAACAUGAUGAUUGGUCUCUUGACAUGGAUUGGGAUUGCGACUUCCGCGAUCUCAUUGACUCCAUGAUGAGUGAUGAAGGAGCCACGACUGAACCUCCUCCAAUGCUGCCUAGUCAUCUUGGACGUCAGGAGGGAGCUUGUAACUCAGCAUCCACGGGUUUGUCCACGGCUGAUGAUGUAGAAGAGCCAAGUUAUGAUGAAUCAAAAGGCUUGAGAUUGGUUCACUUACUGGUGGCAGCUGCGGAGGCAUCAGCUGGCGCCGGUAAAACCCAUGAGCUAACUCGUGUUCUACUUGCAAGGCUAAAGGACUUGUGUUCUCUCAAUGACCAAACCAACAUGGAGAAACUAGCUGCUCAUUUCACAAACGGCCUUUCAAAGUUGCUCGAACGAGAGGGGCCCAGCCACCACGACGUUCAUAACCAGACGGAUGUGAUCUCGGCGUUGCAAAUGCUACAAAACAUGUCUCCGUACGUCAACUUUGGUUACCUAACAACCACGCAAGCUAUUCUUGAAGCUGUGAAGUACGAGCGACGAGUCCAUAUCAUUGACUACGAUAUCGCAGAAGGUAUUCAAUGGGCCUCGUUAAUGCAAGCCUUGGUAUCUAGAAAUUCAGGCCCAUCGGCCCAACAUCUCAGGAUCACGGCUCUGUCACGAGCCAAGAAUGGUAAAAAAUCGGUCGCUGCUGUGCAAGAAGCUGGACGGCGUCUAACAGCGUUCGCCGAGUCUAUCGGGCAGCCUUUUUCAUACCACCAUUGUAAACUCGACACCGACGAGGCAUUCACCUCUUCUUCUGUGAAGCUCGUGAGAGGAGAAGCGGUGGUGGUUAAUUGCAUGUUGCAUCUCCCUCGUUUUAGCCACCAAACAGUACCCAAGUCCUUCAUUUCCUUUUUAUCCGAAGCUAAAACGUUAAACCCAAAGCUAGUGACGCUUGUUCACGAAGAAGUUGGUAUGAUGGGGAACCAAGGUUUCUUGUAUAAGUUUAUGGACUUGUUACAUCAGUUCUCAGCCAUAUUCGACUCUCUAGAGGAAACCUCGGCCCGGGGAUUUGUUGAACGUGUUUUCAUUGGGCCGUGGGUUUCAGGUUGGCUGACGCGUAUCACUGACGUUGCUGAUGAUGAGGAAGUCGAGAGUUUUGCUUCGUGGUAUCGGUGGUUGGAGAGUAAUGGGUUCAAACCCAUGAACGUGAGCUUUGCUAACGGUUGUCAAGCAAAGCUCCUUUUGAGCUUGUUUAAGGAAGGGUUUAGAGUGGAUGAAUUGGGCCAUAAUGGGCUUGUUUUGGGAUGGAAAUCUCGCCGGCUUGUGUCUGCCUCAUUUUGGGCCUCACGCGAAUCAAAUAUGUAA